CUUGCGCAAAGGUGGCAUCCACAUACUUCACAGUGGUCAGUGUGUUAACUGUGUGGCCAUAACAGCACGCCACUUCUUCGCUUGUAUUUUCUAUUAUAACUAUCAUACAGAAUGAGGGAAAUCGUGCACAUUCAGGCCGGCCAGUGUGGUAACCAGAUUGGGGCCAAGUUCUGGGAGGUGAUCAGCGAUGAACAUGGCAUCGACCCAACAGGCUCCUACCAUGGAGACAGCGACCUGCAGCUGGACAGGAUCAGUGUCUACUACAACGAGGCUUCAGGUGGCAAGUAUGUACCCAGAGCGGUCCUAGUGGACCUGGAGCCCGGCACCAUGGAUUCUGUCAGAUCCGGACCGUUCGGGCAGAUCUUCAGACCAGACAACUUUGUGUUUGGUCAAAGCGGUGCAGGAAACAACUGGGCCAAGGGCCACUACACUGAGGGAGCAGAGUUGGUGGACUCGGUCCUGGAUGUGGUGAGGAAAGAGGCUGAGAGCUGCGACUGCCUCCAGGGCUUCCAGCUCACCCACUCCCUGGGUGGGGGCACUGGCUCUGGCAUGGGCACCCUGCUCAUCAGCAAGAUCCGUGAAGAGUACCCCGACCGCAUCAUGAACACCUUCAGCGUAGUGCCCUCCCCUAAAGUAUCAGACACUGUGGUGGAGCCCUACAACGCCACCCUCUCGGUUCACCAACUUGUAGAGAACACAGACGAGACCUUCUGCAUUGACAAUGAGGCUCUCUACGACAUCUGCUUCCGGACCCUCAAACUCACCACGCCGACUUACGGAGACCUCAACCACCUGGUGUCGGCCACCAUGAGCGGAGUGACCACCUGCCUGCGUUUCCCCGGCCAGCUCAACGCCGACCUCCGUAAAUUGGCUGUCAACAUGGUGCCUUUCCCCCGUCUCCACUUCUUCAUCCCGGGCUUCGCCCCCCUCACCAGCAGGGGGAGCCAGCAGUACCGUGCCCUCACCGUUCCGGAGCUCACCCAGCAAGUGUUCGACGCCAAGAACAUGAUGGCCGCAUGUGACCCGCGUCACGGUCGCUACCUCACUGUCGCCGCUGUCUUCCGUGGCCGAAUGUCCAUGAAGGAGGUGGACGAGCAGAUGCUCAACGUACAGAACAAGAACAGCAGCUACUUUGUGGAAUGGAUCCCCAACAACGUCAAGACCGCUGUCUGUGACAUCCCACCCCGCGGCCUCAAAAUGGCCGUCACCUUCAUCGGCAACAGCACGGCCAUCCAGGAGCUGUUCAAGCGCAUCUCUGAGCAGUUCACCGCCAUGUUCCGCCGCAAGGCCUUCCUCCAUUGGUACACCGGAGAGGGCAUGGACGAGAUGGAGUUCACUGAGGCGGAGAGCAACAUGAACGACCUGGUGUCUGAGUACCAGCAGUACCAGGACGCCACCGCUGAGGAGGAAGGUGAGUUUGAGGAGGAGGCUGAGGAGGAUGCUUAAAGACGGAGUGAAGCAACACGAGCGAGGUGGAAGAAUGAAAAAGAGUCCUACGGAAAGCCGUAAAAGUGCCAAAAGAAAACCGGAGAAAUACUAUAGAACGUAGCUGAGAAGAGGAGGGGCCCAAUUGCACACCCAGAAAUGGAGGAUCAAAUCUGAAAAUGGCUGAAAUGGCUCGAGUAGAAUAGAAUGACAGAAGAAUGUGACUGGACAAGGGAGAAUGAAUGUAAGUAAGAGGAGGAGAGGAGUGACAAGCAGCAUUAUGAACAAAUAAACCGGACACAGUCUGCAUUCCAUUUACUGUAACACCAUUUAAUAAAUAAGUACGUUAAGAAACAAAAUUGUUGAAAGAAAGUUAAAGAAGAAGCCUGUGCCUAUGACAAGAUUGUUCCUGUUAUUUUCAGUCUUUUGUUGUUGCCGUGAUUUUGCAUUUAAUCAUGUCACAAAUAAAUGUGAAUGUGACCACAUAAGCACUACAGGACCUCUCACCCCACAGUUCUGAUUUUGAGACUAUGGUUGUUAAACAAAAAUUUGAGACUAUGGUUGUAAAACAAAAAUCAAGUUAUAACACUAACACAGGUUUGAGCGGACUGGGAGGAAUGAGUCAAGUGACAACACUAACAGGUUGGAGCGGACUGGGAGGAGUGAGGCUAUCUGCACCCUGUUGGUAUAGUCACCUUGGUGAUAGCCUGGUCCCAGAUCUGUUUGUGUUGUCUUGCCACCAACUUCUAUGGUCAUUGCAUCAUCAUUGGCAAACAGAUCUGGGAUCAGACUAAUUAACUUCUGAACGGGGACUUGAUUCUGACCUGACUUUAAUGAAGGUGUCUGUGCCACCUGGAGCCGCCCUCCCCCGGAUGCCAACCAACCGUCUGUGAAUACAGGAAGACAUAGACAAAGAUGGGAUGAAAUGAAUCAAUGGAUUUAGUUUGAUAGUGCCAAUGGAGCUUUAUAACAGACAACAAUAUCAUGCCAAUGACCAGUGAACAUGUGUUGAGUUCUACCAUUAUUAUCAAUCUCAAUGAUGGUGGAACUGGAACAUAAUGGGGAUAGGUCCAUGAAUUUUAUUCCAUUUGACCAUAGCAAGGUUUUGAAACAAGAUUAUCUGAAGGAACCUCUGCAAAUGUGUGUGUACAGAACAUUUUAGUAAACGUUUACAUUUUUAACCACUAUUCACAUAGAUGUCAUUGUUAUUUUAGGCCCAAGCCAGGUUAUAUGUCCAAACCCGGCUAUAGUGUUAGGUAGUGUUGACAUCUGUACUGCACUAUGAAGGGAUGAAACUGCAACUCUCUUGUAUGUGUUUUCUUUGUUUUUUCUAUUCUGAUUAUUAUAAAAAUGAUCUCUGAGAAAGUGAAAGGCAAGGUGCCCCUGGGGAGAAAUAAAAAGGCCUUUUUAGAAAA